AUGGCGACCAGCGACGACAAACCGCACGAGAUCGUUCAGGAGGAACGCAUGCCGAGUCCAACUCCACAAGAGACAGGGCUCGAGAAGGUCAUUUCUGUCGACACCGUCCACAACGAUGAAGCCAUCAAAGUGAUUACCAGAUACACCGGGCCGCAGACUUGGGAACCCGAGGAAGAGAAGAAACUUCGCAGAAAACUAGAUCGACGGCUGUUGCCCAUUCUAUGCGUCACAUACGCGUUGCAGUACUAUGAUAAAGCUAUGAUAUCCGUGGCGGCCAUCUUCGGACUUCGCGAAGACCUCCAAUUGACAGGAAAUCGCUACUCGAUGGCUGCGGCUAUUUUCUUCCUGGGGUUUCUCGGUGGAGCCUAUCCGGCUUCUCAACUGGCACAGAGGUAUCCUAUUGAGCGAGUUGCUGGAUGUCUCGUCUUUACCUGGGGAGUCUGUUUCGCGCUCACCCCAGCGUGCCAGAAUUGGCAGGGGCUCUAUGCCCAACGGUUCUUCUUGGGCUUUCUUGAGGCAGGUGUCAGUCCCAUCUUCAUGCUCAUCAUUGGACAGUUUUACAAGAAGGACGAACAAGCGCUAAUGAUGGGAGUUUGGUAUUCGGCGUCCUCGUUCAUCUCAUUCGUCGGCUUUCCAAUUAACUGGGGAUUGGGUCAUAUCAAGGGCUCGCUGUCACCCUGGCGCUAUAUGUAUAUUGUGGGUGGGAUCCUAACUACCUUGUGGGCCUUUGUUAUUCUGUUCUUUAUGCCACCGGAUCCAAUUCGAGCCAAAGGUUUGACGGAGAGACAACGAUAUAUCGCACUGGCGCGGCUUCGAAUUAAUAAUGCUGGCGUCCGAAAUCUGCACUUCAAAAAACAACAACUCUUUGAGUUGUUGAGAGAUGAAAAGUUCUGGCUUAUAUUUGCCAUGGGGUACCUCAGCAUGAUUUCUGCCGGGGUGGUCAAUGCCUUCCUUCCUAUCGUCGUCGUUGUUGGGUUCAAACUCGACGUCUUCAAGGCUCUUCUCAUCCUUUCACCAGGUGGAGUUGUGGUCGGGGUGGCCAUUCUUGCUUCAACCUAUACGGCCUACAAAGUGCCAAAAUCGAGGUGCUAUAUCAUUUUUGGCAGCCAGCUGGUUACCGUUGUGUCAGCCUGCCUGCUGUGGAAGUUGCCAUUAAGUGCUCUCGGCGGACUCCUCUUCUGCUGUUAUAUUUUUCCUGGAUUCACCUGUGGAUGGGGUGUUAUAAUGGGAUUAUCAAUCGCCAAUACUGCCGGCUAUACUAAGCGGGUUGUCAGCUCGUCUGGCAUCUACUUGGGAUACUGUCUAGGCCAAUUCACUGGACCUUUACUCUUUAAGGAUCAAGAUGCGCCUCGAUAUGUGCCUGGGUUUCAGGCCGUUGUUGCUACUGCGGCUGCGGCUGCAGUUCUAAGCUUGAUAUAUCGAUUCGUCUGUGUCUGGGAUAACAGACGUCGUGAUAAAGCAGGCAUCGCCGAGGCCUUCGAACAUGCCUAUGAAGAUGAUUUGACAGACAAAAAGGUAUAA